GCCGAGCUUAUCGACCGUUGCUAGUUCCUUGUUUCUCUUCCCCCACUACUACGGAGUACAGCAUCACCAAUGCCCGAAAGAAAGGUUGUGCCAGCAGCUACUGGCCGACGGCACCGAGCUGCUCAAAAAAGAUCCAAAACGGGCUGUCGAACCUGUCGAGCACGCCGCAUCAAAUGUGACGAAGGCCCUGGUUCCUGCCGGAAUUGUACGUCCACUGGCCGAACCUGUGAUGGAUACGACCUGCACCGACUCCCCAUCAAGCGGGGCCUGGGCCCCAUCAUAGGAGUAGGUCCUGGCCGGUGUAUGACGUCCGAUGAGAAACGCGGCCUUUCCUACUUCCAACAUCACCUUAUCCCCAAUUUCGUCGUAUUCUUUGACUCGCCAUUAUGGCAAGAGUCCAUCCUUCAGUCGUGCCACGCCGAUCCAGCAGUGUCUCAUGCUGUCAACAUGUUCAGCGCUAUCCAUCAAGACGCCGAAGCAACCGGCAUGCCACUCGCCGGGGUCAAUUGGCAAAAUGCGCGGCAUAGAUUCGCAAUGGAGCAGGCAUCCCGGUCCUAUGCACUGUUGAGACAACGCCGGGCCUCGGUCGAUCCACAAUUCCGCCAUGUCAUGCUGCUGUGUUGCCUGCUCUUUGUCAUGUCGGAGGUAUUGUUGGGACAGUAUGCCAAUGCCAUUGCCCAUCUACGAGGUGGCCUACGGUUGCUGCAAGAGUCAAAGCGCCUUGGUUUAUCCGUGUGUGGAGCUUUGAUCAAAACGUUCACAAGCUUAAAUCUGCAGUCCAUGCACGCUGGGGUCAUCGAGUCGGUCCUGUAUAUAGAUGACGGGCAGCAACACGAUGACCGAGCCGCGUCAGAUGUCUUCCACACUUUGGAAGAAGCACGACAGGCUCUAGGCUGCAUCACAGACAAAUGGACACCAUUUGUUGCCAAAUGCUGGCGACUAUCAGAGACAGAAAUCAUGGCAGAUUACGAGGCCCUAUGGCUCGAACGACGGCAAGUACAGUCCGCAUUCGAGCAAUUCAUGCCCCGAUUUGAGCUAUUCUGCGAAACCUCAUACACCAAGCUCAGCCACAAGGAGCAACGAGGGACGAAUCUCAUCCGCAUCCAAUAUCUCGGCAUGAUAAUGGCGAUCAAAACAAGUCUACGCGAUGACCAUGAUCCCAACUUGCUGGUUUCCGAACAAGUCGGUCUUCUAUCAGCGAACGAAGCCCUCAUGGAGAACUUUUUCGACCGGCCAACUUUCUCCCUAGAACCGGGCAUUAUUGGCGGAUUAUACUCAGUAGCGUCCAAAUGUCCGGAUUUGCGCGUUCGUUGUCGAGCCAUCGAGGCCUUGCGCUCGUGGCCGCGAUACGAGGGGAUGCUCAAUUCCCAAAACGCAGCUACAGCCGCGGUGAAGGGCGUGAAGAUGGAGCUGCACAAGUUGCAACAUAAUCUCAGGAUCAGUCCCACUUUUAUCCCUACUCAAAGCGGGAGCGCUACUGGCACGCCAGCUAUGCUAACCACACACCUUUUCAAUCUCUACUUACCACAACAGCAGGAGCUUGCUUUUCAAUAUACUGCCUUUAAUGUAUCCAUGCCUGAGGCUAUGUAUAUGCGCAUCAGGCGGCUACAUAGACUUCUGUAA